AUGGAUCUGUUUGGAGAUAUCAACGACAUUUCCUCAGGCAGCGACGAGGACCAGCGAGGACCCAGUCCCAGACAGCCCGCAACCUGCCUCUGCCACAUACGGAGGCAGAGCCCAGCUGGACCACGUGGGGAGCCUCCAAACCAGCGCGUGGGACGGCGGGUUUCCGAAACCAGGAUAAAAAUAGAAAUUCCCAGCAUCAACUCCGAUUUGGGAAAUGAACUGUUUUUUGUUAAGCUACCCAAAUUUCUCAGGAUAGAACCCAAACCCUUUGAUCCUCAGCUGUAUGAAGAUGAAUGUGGAAAUGAGAAAGUGCUUUAUGAGGAAGACAAAACUAGGUUAAAAAUAAAGGUGGAAAAUACUAUCCGCUGGAGGGUAUGCCAGGAUGAAGAAGGUUAUAAAAUGAAAGAAAGCAACACUCGGGUAGUCAAGUGGUCAGAUGGAAGCAUGUCCCUGCACAUAGGCAAUGAAGUGUUCGAUGUCCACAAGGUCCCACUGCAGGACAAUCACAACCAGCUGUUUGUACGGGAAGACACUGGUCUCCGAGGACAGGCCAUCUUUAAUUCCAGACUCACCUUUAGACCUCACUGUACAGACAGUGCCGCAUAUAAAAAGAUGACCCUUUCGUUUGGGAACAGAAGUCCAAAGACACAGAUUAGAAUCUUGCCAAUGGCUGGUCGUGACCCUGAGUGUUCACGUGCUGACUUGAUCAAGGUACAGAAAAGAGAAUGCCUGCGAGCGUCUAUUCGCCGGAGCGUCCGUCUGCCGAGGAAGAAGUGGGGUCCAGCUCCAUGUUUCACCAUCCGGGAGCCCGAUGAUGAUGACAAAGAAGAAAAGUGGGGAGAGGAAGAAGAGAAGGCAGAAGAUAAGGAAGGCCAAGCUUCCGGCCUGGUUACCACUAAAAACCAUUGCCGGGGAGCAGCCCACAAGAAACGAGCUGUGUCUUUCUCAUACUGCAAUCACGAGGGAUCUGAAGACGAUAAAGCCAGAGGAUUACUCAAAGCAAAGAAACCCGUGAUGGACAGAGGAUAUAAGCCCUCCAGAAAGAGGCCAAGGGAUGAAGAGGAAGACUGAAGCAUUAAAUGUGCACUGUUAUCUGCAUGUUCAACUCGUUAGCUUUCUGUUUGUGCUGGGAUUAGGUCUGAGGCUUUGUGUGUGCUUGAUUUGGGCUUUCUACUGCUCAGGCAGAGCCCCAGUCCCUUGGAUGUAUUAAAGACAGAUUGUUUUGACCCACAUGAGCCAAUGAGAUGGGCCAUGUGGAAACUCCUAAAUUCCAGAUUCCAGUCUCCAUUCAUAUAUGUGUGUGUGUGUUUGUGUAUGUAUGCUAUUUUUGUCUUGUUUUUGAGAUGAGCUUUCACCAUGUAGUCCCGGCUGGUUGGGAACUUGCUGUGUAGACCAGGCUGACCUGGAAUGCAGUCUGUCUCUGCUUCCUGCAGGCUGGGAUUAAAUGUGUGCGGCCUCACACCUGACCCCUUCAUACUUUUAUAGCACUAUUUUGUGGCUGUCUAGUAAGAACAUUUCAGUUAGCAUUAGCUCCAGACAGCAUUCGGACUCAUUCACACCCUGAGGUCCUUGGUUUCAGUUUCAGGCUCAGUCCCGGUGCUGACUGGGAGCUGCUGAUACAGCCCUGAACCUCUGGGCCAACUAGCUGUACAAACUGUGCGAGAGAGCUUAACAUCUGAAGGGUGAAACUGUUUGGCAAUUUUGCAUUACAGGUGGCGAGCCGCACAGAAUUCACCCCCCCCCCCCCGCCCCGGCAUUUUUAACUGGGAAGUUUCAGGGAGCACACGGAGGUGCUGUUCGGGCACAGCCUAGAGCGCUGUAGUCCCCUCCCAGGCAUGAGAGCUGCCAACUUGAGCAGCUGAACCCCCACGACUCACUGUCCUCAGGAGGCUAAACACUUCCACCAUGCUAAAUUACAGCUCAUGCCUAAUUAUAGCACUUGAAAGACUGAGGCAGGAGGACUGCCGUGAGUCCGAGGCCAGCCUAGGCUACAGUGGGACCCUGUCUCAAACAAGCUAAGAGAUCAUUUCAUAUGGUUUAAUGACACCCAUUCUUGUCUGCCCGUAAAACUAAACUGACAUACACAGAAGACAAGUUUGCAGGAAGGCAAAGAGCAUUGGGUAUCAGUCACUGCCCCUCCCCCGCCUCCUCGCCAGAGUUAGUGAAACGUGUAUGGACAGAGGACACAACUAAGCCCUGAUGCAGAGUGGCUGACUAACCAUUUUUUGUGGUUCAGCAUGGCAGUGCAGGCUACAGACUGAGCGGCUCCAACACGCUAAACUCCUCACAGUCCUAGCAUCAAGGCCCAGUCCUCGGGAGGGCUUGUGGACAGCUGGUCCUGAACAGCCUUAGGUUCUGUGGUGAGAAUCCCCGUUUGGGGAGCCUAUAUACCCCUAACUGCCUUCCAAAGUUCCCUCUCCAGAUCCCAUCAGUACUGCGUAUUGGGGCCUCAGCACAGGAAUUUGGGGAGGAUGAAGAUACUGAGUUUGUAGCAGCAGGAGAAGGACUAAGUUUUUUCUCUUUUAAAAGGGUUUGCUUCUAAAUCAGAUUAGCAUUACAAGGUAGGGUGUCACAGUAGCCUAGUCAUACCCACGCGUUUGUUAUACGUUGUUCUCAUUCAUGCCCUUCCCCCCAAUAAGCUUGUUCCUGAAGGAGCGAAUGUUAAAAUUGUAAAACAGAAGAGAUUUUUUUUCAAAGAUGUCUGAAUCUAGGAUAUUUGAUGAACUUUAAUAAA